UGGCUUAAGAAAGUUGGCAUGUAUAUUUACGCAAAGUCAUGAUGCCAUGUUGACUAAACAUACCUUUGCUUGUAACCUACAGUACAUCAGGUUUACUCCGAUGCAUAUUAUGAAUUUACACCAUAAACAUAUAUUAUAUAGAGGUAUGUGGCCCUCUCCUGUUUCAACAUGACAAUACUCCUGUGCACAAAGCCAGCUCUAUAAUCUAUAAAUGGUGUUCCCAGUUUGGUGUGGAAGACUGGCCUGCACAGAGUCCUGACCUCAACCCCAUCCAAUAUCUUUAGGAUGAACUGGAAGAUCUCUGAACUUGUAUUUGUAUGUGUAUCAUGAGUGUGUUCUCCUGCGCCCGCUAUCAGCUCAGCUCACUCUCCAAUCACAUCUCCAAUGAUACUGAACAGACAGUUUGCAUGUCUCUCAGCCGUCAGAGGCCUGAUUGGGCGACAUGAAAACAUAUUCAUGUGUGCAGGCCACACCCAAACAGUAAAGUGCCAAAGUUUACAUCACUGUACUUUACCCCUUCUUUAAGUGGUUAAAGUGAAACUAUAAACUGGAUCAGUUACUACAGGCUGACACUGAAGAAGUUUUUGUUUGUCAGUGUACAACGAGCUGCUUUCUGCAGCGGCUUCAAAGAACAUCACGUUCAGGCUGUUGUUGGUAUGAUUGCUGAUAUGUCACUGAUAAUGAUGGUGUAUGGUUGAGUAUCUCAUGGUGUCACUGUCAGUCAGUGCUUCAGUGUAGAAAGAGGCGUUGAAGAGAUAAAAGCAGAAAGUAUGUGUAGAGGGGAUGAGCAGAGACUGCAGUGGAGCUCAAGUGUUUUCAGAGUUCAACAGAAGAAGAAGAGCAAGAGGAGGCCUAACCUGGGCCUGCUGGACAGACAAAGUCACUGGACCCAGGACCGUGGCGCCCUUCGUUAUUGGACAUGACUGUUUGUGAGACACCAUCGCAUAGUCCGCUGGCAGGUGUUUGAUGGGUUUCACUAUGAAUGUUUCCUUGCUGCUGCUGCUGCUGCCUGGCUUCCAGCUGCUCCUGAUGUUCAGCGUGGGAGCAAAGAGACAAGAACCGGUGGUUCCCCCCGAGGACCAGGGCACUCGCCUCCUAGACCUCUGGAAGCUGCAUGUGAGGGACACCCUGCUGAAAGGAAAAGGUUCGAGUCCUCAUCCAAUCAGAGAAGGGGUCAAACAGCUGCUGCUCUACUGCCGUGUUGGGAUUGGCUACCAUCUCCAGAUUCUGCCCAGUGGCUCUAUAGGAGGCGUCCACAAACCCACUGAGCAUUGUUGGCUGAAGGUGUUUGCUAUGAAACAUGGAGUGGUGGGAAUCAGAGGAGUCAAGAGUGGCUUGUACGUCUGUAUGAGUGGAGAAGGACUGGCAUAUGGAGCGGAGCAUUUUUCUGACGAUUGCCUGUUAAAGGAGAACCUGGAGGAGAAUCACUACACCACCUACUCCUCUCUGUCUCACCCAGGCAUCUAUCUGGCUCUUUCCCAGAAGGGAGAGCUCAGAAAGGGCAGCAGUGUGGGCCGCCACCAGUCCUGCACCCACUUUCUACCUCGGAGGACACCAUGAUCGGGGGCCACUAUCAACCAGCUACUCCAGAAUUGGGGCCAAAUUAGGAAUAUGUGAUUGCUUGCAUUGCAUCUCCAGCUUAUGAGAAAAGCAACAGACUAGACUGCAACAUGAAAAAAAACUACAACUGGAACCACAUCCAAGAGACACAAUUGGUGGGAUUCUUUGGAGCGUUACUUACUGUAAGUAAGGACAGUGAACUAUACGCUCAAAUGCUUUGUCACGCUCAGCCACUCAACCUGCAACUACUUAACUGGCUCAAAACCUGACACAGUCUGAGGACCAAUCAACAAACAAUGGCUGCUUGGAAAAGAUACAAUAAUAAAUAAUUACAUAUGCAUUAGCAUAUGUAAUUAUUAAUUACCAGUGAACGGGAGUUGGCUGAUGGGACAAAAUGUUGUUGAAACAUACAGGCUUGUUCUUCUGAUAUUUUCAAAAUUGCACAUGCAUGGUUAAUAACUAAAGGCAUUCAAACUAGCAUUAUUGUGUCAGUCCUUUAAGCUGCACUGCUCAAUAUUUUUAACCGCAAUGCAUAAAAUGACUACAGUUGUAGUGACGAACCCACAGAUAAUGACCACCAACCCUGUAGUUCCCCUCCUCUAUACAGAGCUUUUUAGCCUUUUUAAAGCAAUUUUUUGGGGUUUCCAAUCAGAAAACUCUGCUCUCAUAAGCGGUGUUUCCUCUGUACUCUACCUUCUCAGCAGCAAACUGCAGACAGACACAGUUUAGUCUGGAUCAACAGAAGCAUGACUACCUGGUGAGUAUAGCGAAGCAUGUAGCAGCUAAUAAGACAGAUGUUUCCCUUAGGAGUUGGUGGAGACCAAAACAGCAACAGAGCCAAAAGAGAGUGAAUGUUGGACUUAAGGCCGUUUUAUGCUUCUGCGUCGAAUCGAUGGCGUACCCCCGC